CUCAACCCCUGAUGCAUUUAAACUCUCAAGACUCACUCAGUUGUGAUCAGAUAAACCGUUCACUUGAUCUGACUGAACUUCUCUUAUAUUAAUAACAAGCUGUAUGUGCAAGAUGUUGAUGUUAGCAGUUUUCCUCCUCGGUUUGCUGCCUAUGACAUCAGGAUUUGGUAAUGGGGGUCUUGAUCUUGAUAAAGUACUUCUGUUUCCAACGCAGACCAAUUACAGCUAUGUUAAAAUCACUCCAGUAAAACCACUGCGCCUUACAGCUUUCACUUUAUGCAUGCGUGUCGCCACAGAGCUGCAAGGAAAGAGAGAGGUUAUUCUUUUUGCCUACCGUACACCUUAUUUCGAUGAGUUAAACGUUUGGAUUGAGAGCGACGGACGCAUAUCUUUCUAUCUCAGUGGUGAUGGGGUGUUUUUUAACUUGCCUCCUCUGUCCACCUUCCGGACGCAUCUGUGCUUCACCUGGAGCUCAUCGACCGGUCUCGCUGCCGCUUGGGUGAAUGGACAACGCAGUAUUUACCGGAUAUACAGAAAAGGUCACACCAUCCGUCCCAAUGGCAUUGUGGUGCUUGGUCAAGAUCCUGAUUCAUUUCUGGGUGAUUUUGAUGCAGAGCAGAGCUUUGUAGGUGAAAUUACAGAUGUGAACUUGUGGGAUGAGGUUCUCACUGCGAAAGAUAUCAAGGGGUUAUAUUCACACAACACAUUAGUAUACAUGCCAAAUGUAAUUCAUUGGCGCGGAGCUGAAUUUGACAAAUACGGCAUUGUGGAAGAGGUGAAGGAUUAUAUUUGAUUCCACACACAGAUGUCUUUCUAUUGAUCUGUUUUAAGUCUCUUUGUCAUAUACAGAGUCAUAUGAAUUAACCAAUAAAUCUUCCUGAGCAUUACAA